AUGGCAGCAGCAGCUACCCCUCUCUUGUCCCUUACCACCACGACAGCUACCACUCCCUUGGCCCUUACCACCACUUUCUCACCACUACCAGCAUGUACCACAGACACAUGGUUCAUUGAGUAUGUAAAAGGCACGUACUACUUCACCACUUCGAUUCCAAACAGUCUUGAGGGCUGGUAUCUCAGCCAGGGGCCCACGGACUGGAGCAGCUGCUUCCCCUCAGGAUAUGAGGCGACAUCCGCUUUUUACUACUCACCAGCUCAUCCACACAAUUACACCGGAAUACCCCAAGGCACACCAAUAGCGCUUUCCGCCCCUUGCUUCUCCGGCCACGCUGUCCGUACCAGCGCCACACUCACCAUGGGCGUCUUCUCCCUGAUCAUUAUCAACAAAGCCGGCGGUCUUAUCUACCAGCGCGAGUUCCAGGCUGGCCUGCGCAACCUCUCGACAAAUGACUACCUCGUCCUAGCUGGCACCUUUCACGGCGUCCACGCAAUCACCCGCUCUAUCACACCAAAAAUCCCCAUCUCCCAACCAGCUCCCUCACCCGCAACCUCUUCAACGGGCACCGCCGCCCCUGCUGCGUCCGGUCACUCAUACCCAAACCCCGGUGUACCAGUCUCCGGCCUGGAUUAUCUCGAGACCGACAAGUUUCGAUUGACCUGUUUCCAGACCCUGACGGGAACAAAAUUCUUGUUGUUCACGGAUCCGUUGACUGGCAGCGUGGACACAAUCAUACAGAAGAUCUACGAGCUCUAUGCGGACUAUGUGAUGAAGAAUCCAUUUUAUCAAAUUGAGAUGCCAGUGCGAUGCGAGGCGUUCGAUCGGCAUCUGGGGGUGUGGUUGAGGGGGAGGGCAUAG